AUGGCGGUGUUUAGAGCCAUGCGCAUCACACUGUUGGUUGUUUUACUGGGCCAUACAUCCACCAAGAGUUCAGGUGAGGAGACUAUAGCUUACCAUUUCUUGUUAUGAUGUAGUGUAAUGGUGUGAUGAUGCCUUGAUAUUAAUCAUGUUUGCUCUAUCAUGCUCAAAAUAUGGCUUUUCAACAUCAUUUUCAGCAAGUAAAAUAGAGGAUCAAAGAGAGCCCAUUUUCAAGGAGUUGGUAUCAAUAUGGCGUAAAGGAGGGGGGUGGUAUCCCAGCAAAGAGCCUGCCUCCCUGGAGAGAACCCAAGACCAGCAGAUCCACAGCGUGGUGAGGAGCAUAAUGGGAGGUCUGAAGACCCUGGGCCUGCUGCCCAGUAGGAGCAUGGGCCUCCCCUCCCUCCAGAAGCCUGUGGACAGGCGCCGUCUGUCAGGCUUCCUCUACAAUAUCUCCAUGUACCUCCAGGAGAUGGGUGCUGAGCUGGAGGAGCGACAGCUUGUCUCUGACGAGGAACAACUGUGGGAGAAGGUCCUGCAGUCCUUUAUCCAGUCAGAGGGGGGUGCUGCGCUGAACCAGUGGGACAGCCGGGUGCCCCCCAGGCCCAGCGUCAGACUCCAGGACUGGUUCCUGUCCCUGAGAGGCAGCCCCCACUGGGAUGGGCUGCUGGGGCUGCUGCAGAGCCUCAUGUCCCUGUCAGAGCGGCAGCCCCACAGGCCCCUGCUGGACUUCCUAUCCCAGAACUGGAGGACAGUGAGUGCCCUGCUGGAGGCGGCCCUGCAGGCGCUGGUCAGCGGGACCUAUGGCCAGGCCAGUGCCGGGGUGCAGGGCUUCAUCUGUGCCCUGAGGGGCCGCAGUGAAUGUGCCUUCAGCGUCAGCUGGCUAACACAGUUCCUCCGCUUCAUGGAGACGCGCAACUGGAAGCCCGUGGUGAACCUGCACCCUGCAGGGAUGGGGGCCGACCAGAGAGGGGGCUCGGCUGCUUUUGGGCGCCUGAAACCAUUCAGCAUGCCCCCCAAGGCCAUGAGAGAGGAGGGGUUGUCUGGGAAUGCCACUCAAGGGGACGUUGAGGACAGAAGGGACAUGGGGGGAGACCUGGACUCCAUUCAGACACUGCUCCUGCAGGCUUUAUUGCGCUCUGAUGGGGGGCAGAGGGCAGGGCAGCUGGCAGAGCAAAACCCUGCCCUGCUGCAGGGAUUGGACGGCCUGAGAAGGGGAUUCUUGCACAGGGUGGGCAGCUCAGUGUAUCUCAACCUGAGGAGAAAGGUGUCCCGCGUUAUCAUGGCACUGCUUGAUGAUGUCAGCAGCGUGGUGGACGUGCCACAGCCCAAACAUAAGGGCAGAUGCUCCGUAGGUGAGUCCAUGAUGCUCCCCAUUCACCGGAAGGUUGGGGUCAGUUCCAUUUCAAUUUAGUCAAUUCAGUGGAUGAGCUGAAAUUCAAUGUAUGAAUGGAAUACUUCCAAUUUCUUUCCUUGAGGAUUUUUUUACUCAAGGAUUCUCAUCUCGUAAUUUGACUGAAUUCAACUAGAAUUGAGCCUCAACCCUGGUGGCUAGCUAUACUGAACAAAAAUAUAAACUCAACAUGCAACAAUUUCAAAGAUUUUACUGAGUUCCACUUCAUAGAAGGAAAUCAGUCAAUUGAAAUAAAUUCAUUAGGCCCUAAUCUAUGGAUUUCACAUGACUGGGCAGGGGCGCAGCCAUCGGUGGGGGGAGCCAGGCCCAGCCCAGCCAAUCAGAAUGAGUUUUACCCCACAAAAGGGCUUUUUACAGACAUAAAUGUUUGUUCAGUAUACAUGCUGCUCUUUUAAAACACAUGUCAGAGACAGGUCAUACAUGUUGAUCAAAGUCUCUUGAAUUUCAUUUCCCUUCAUACUAAGCUGAUAAUAUGUCUCAAACAGCUCUUACUCAUUAGUCAUGAAUGAUUUAGACUGAAACACAUGACACAUGAGAGUGUUUGUUUGGACUGACACUGCUUUAAAAUCAUAAUGGCCAUGUUAGUCAUUGAGAGGAUCGGUGUUACCCUGCAUCCCAUGCCCUGGCUAAUCUCUUUGCCCUCUCAUUGAUGCCAGUAACACUAUCUCCUGAGCAUUGAGAGCCCAGCUAUGCUGUUACAUCAGGCCCGAUUGUAUGGUGCAAGUCGCUUUUUCCACCAUUCAUCUACCAUACUAUUCACUAGCUCUAUUCCACAGUCUGUGAUUUUCCAUUAAAGUCCCUUUUAUCUAUUUUUUCAAAGGUGACCUGAGACAGCUAAUCUUAUGGUAAGUAAUAGAGAAAAAACUAAGCUUAUAAUAUAAACUACAGUAUGGACAAACAUAUCAUACAUCAUGAUGGUUUCAUUUCAUAACCUUCCCUCACAAAGAAUAUGAGGUUAAUAGAAAAUAUAUGUUGUCUGUAGUACCAUAGUUUAUCAUACUCUCUCCCCUUGUCUGUGACUUGUAGGGGGAUCAGACAUAAUGUCACGUGGAAUGCUCAGGCUCUGGGCUUCAGCUCGCAGGGCCCUCCCAGCACCCCUCCCUUCCUCUCCUGCCCCUCCACAGAGGGUGAGAGAGGGGACCCCAGACCCCCACCACGCCCCUCUCGCCCUAAACCAGCCCUGUCACCCCGCAGGGUGCCCAAACAGAAACAACCACCCAGCCCAACCCCAGUACCCCGUCAUUCCCGUCUCCUCAAGCCCCAGUCUGAGGCAGUAGAAGUUGGCCACAGCCACCUGAGAGAGAUGGGGUACUUUGCCUCAGCAGAGAUCCUGGAAGCAGCGUGUAACGCCUCUAUCCCAGGCCUUACAGGGGUGUCCAACUUCACUGUGUUCCUCUACUGUAACCUGUUUGACGGGGACGAUGGGUCUGUGGACCCGGAGGUCGGUCAGAUGGGACCCGACCUACAUGCCACGUGUUCCGACGCCGCCUGGUACCUGUCUGCAGCCGAGGAUGACUUCCUGUGGGUCCACAUCUGCAGCGAGUUCUACGCCCACCAGUUCAACAAAACUGUGUGUGCCAACUCCUCCUUUUGGCUGCAAAGAGCACACCAGGUACAGUCCAUAAUCAAACCCCACUUCUGAAUGCAAAAGAGUUGUGUUCUCAACUCUCUUUUUUAACUUCUCCACAAUGUCUAACUACAUACUGCCUGUGAUGUUUGCAGGCUGCAGAGACAAAGGACUACCACUACUUCAACCAGUCCAGUAUAGAUGACCUGUGUGUGCAGCUGUCAGUGGAGGUGGUGGAGGGCGGGGGCAGCCAAGAGCCUGACGAAGCCUGCCUGGCCCAGCUGGGCACCAGGUCCCUCAGUGCCCAGGAGUUCAGACGCUGCUUCCUGCCCAACACUUCUGCUCUGGUCUCAGCCCUGUGUGGCAGCGAGUCCCCUGAGGCCCACCCCUCCCACCCAUCCCUUCCGGAGGGCAGCUGGGCUGCAGAGUACUGCUCCAGACUCCACAACUCCUCCCACCCUGAAUCCACAGAAGACACAUGUGACUACAGGAAGUGGAGCCUGCAGCAUUUCACAAAUGCCACCCUGCUGGAGCUCUGUGGAAGUACAGAGGGGCUGAGGGAUUAUGUUUGUAGCAACACCACCCUGUACCGCCGGCUACUCCCAGCCUAUCCUCAGCUCUCUGACCUUUGUGUUGACCUGGAUGUAGAACAGGAGGACAGGAAGUGCUUCCUCCAGUGGUUCUUUGACAUGCUCCCGGCGCCGUACGACUUUGACACAUCACAGCUGUGUGUGAGUCCUGCUCCGCUGCUAGUGGAGGCGCUGCACAGGCUGAGUGUGUGUGAGGUGGAUGGGGGUGAGCGCAGGGGCUGGGUGGGGGCUGUGGGGUACAUGCUGAGGGUACUGGACUUUGUGGUGGGGCUCUCGGCGGGGCUGGAUGAGGGGGAGGGGGAGGUGAGGCAGGGCCUGGGUCAGGCUAUCCUCCUCUCCAGUCUCCUUGACAAUGCCUCAUUCUGGGCCACUCUGCGUCCCGACGCCUCACUGAGCGUGCUCCAAACCGUGGGCUUGUUCCUGCGCAGGGAGCAGAGCGCAGCUCUCAAAGAGGACCUGCUCAGCUGCUUCAGUGUAAGCCACAUGCCUGAUACACAGAACACAUACACACAAACAUAGACACAUGAAGGUAAUGUGAAUGCCUCCUCUGUCCUGACAGCCUGUAUUAUGGGACCUCAUUCAGAGAGAGGACAACUCCUCUGCCCUCAGAGUCCUAAUGCAGGUAGUGUACAGCUUUAUAAAACGGGUAGUUGGGAUCCUGGAUGCAGAUUUACUGGUCACUUGUAUUAUGGUGCACAUUGUUUUCUCUCCAGGAGUACCUCCAAAUGCCCAGGGAGAGUAUCCGCACACUGGUGAUGUCAGCAGAGAAAGAUGCGGUGAAGAGGUUUCUAACUCACAUGCACCAGAGCUGGGACCAGCUGCACGUAGAGACCGCUCAGGUUUGUCCUCAAACACUCUCAGUUUAGUAAUGGAUGCUGGAAAGUAGGGAUGUUACUUAGUUACUACUACUGUCAAUAAAGACCACUGUCUCCCCAGGCCUCUCAGAGAGAACUGCAGGCCAUGGAGACCAUGACGUCCGCCUUCAUCCACAAGUUCCCUCGUGUGACCCCUGACCUCUUUGUCGACCUAUCACAGUUCAUCCCUUUCAUGUCCGUCUCUGACAUCAUGAGCUUCCCUGCCUCCCUGAUGGUCAACACCAGUGUGUGAGUGACUAGGCCUGAGCUGCCAUUUUAAGCCAAAGGUCAAAGGUAAUCGUGUUGACUGGUUCUGUGUUGUAUCAUAGGUUGAUGGCCAUCCGUGACCACAGCACAGAGAUGAAGUCUCCACAGAAACAGGCAUUUGUGAAGAGGCUUCUGCAGUCCAGUGUGGUGGGAGAUGUCCCUUCUUGGCCACCGUACUUCCUCAGCUCCAUCCUCCCACUGCUCCCACACCUCCCAGUCAGCCAAUUUCAGCAGCUGACAUCAGAUCAGGUUAGACAUCUCAUUCCUUAUCUACCCUACAGAAAUGUUCAUGAAGUAUUGUGUACUGUAUUGGCAUUACUCUGUCAUCAUGUCUCUCCUUCAGCUGAGUCCCCUGGUGGAGUUGCUGGGAAACACCAGUCUGGAUGGAACAAGAGGGCGUCAUGUUCUACGGACUCUAUUCAUUAAAAAAAUGAACUUCACCAGUGAUAACAUAUCGAGGUAGGGUCUUUUGUCUCAAGUUGUAACCUAUUCCGUAUAUAGUGCUCUACUUCUGAUCAGAGCCACAGUGUCCCUUUGUGCAGUUACCGGAGUAUUAGACCAGAGAUACCAGGGCAUUAUAUCUCAACAGGCUGGGAGUUCUGGUUUGUUACCUGAACCCAGAGGAACUGCGUCCGUUUCUGCUGGCUUCCCCUGUGUCCUCUGCUCUUUGGCAGCAGCUAGCUCUCUGUGUGUCUGAGGGACACAUCAGUGCUUCAGGCAGGGUGAGAGAGAAUUGCAUGUAAAAAAAUUGGGAUGCACUCCAAAAGUUCCAAGUUCAUUUUGUGGCUGUAUGACAAUAUUUUUCCUACAACACUCCUGUUAGGAUAUCUGCAAAAUAUCAGUAUUGACAUUUGUAUAUGUAUACAGUCCAUAUCAUAUGUGAGGGGCUCUGACCCUGUUGAUCCUGCUCUUGCCCUGUGUCCAGCUGUCCCUCUGGCUGGUCCAGGCGGUGCAGCCUCUGAAUGCCGGCACUCUGCCUCCUCCAGCACUGGCCACCCUCAGGGGCCUACUGCCCCAGCUAGGGGCUUCCUUCCUGCAGUCACUGCCCUCACUACAGCUCUUGGACAUGCUAACACAACCAGGCCUGCCCAGCUUCUCCCCAGCACAGGUCAGCACUGCAUGGGCUAUGCCUACACACUGAAUCUAACGGUAUGUUGUUUUAUGCUGAGCGAACAUUACAUGUUGUUUUUAACUUCCCCCAGGCGUUCCAGAUAUUAUCAAAAAUUUCACAAGACACUAAUGUAAGUAAAGGCUUAUUACUGACCUCUUCAGUUCUGUUUUAAUCUACACAGCUUGUUGUGCAUUCUAACGAGGCCAUAUUUCCAUGGUGAUCCUCUCCUUGCCAGCUCACCAUGGAUACACUGUGCAGGCUGAAGCCCUUACUGCCUGGCCUAUCCCCUGCUGUGCUCAGUGGCAUACACUGGUCUGAGAUCAGUGGAACCGCUCACUGCCAGUGCUGGAGCACUCUACUGACUGACCUGAAGCCUGCCCAUAGAGCCAUGCUCCACAGGGCACUGCAGGAGGUAAGUAAGGUGCUCUUGUUUCUCUGUGGGAAGAUCACUUUCUCCUCUCUGUCAAACUGUUCUUUAUUCAUCAUUUCCAGUGGCUCUGCAUUGUCUUUCUUACCACACUGAGAGCAGAUGAUGACACAGUAAAGAGAUGGUGGAAUUUAAAUACUAACAAACCAAUUAUGCUGUCAAUCAUCAACUACCUUAUAUGACUAAACGGCUAGUCAAUUGAAUUUACCUGGAAGUAAUUCCAUAAGUACAGUACUUAACCUAUUGCCAAUUACUAUUCUUCAGGCACAUAUUCGAAUUCCAUUGUUUAUGCUUAGCUUUUUUUUUUUAAAGGCUUUAGCCAUCAACUCAAGGAACUUGACAGAGCAGCUCCAAUGUCUCCUGCCAUUCGUUCCCCUGAGGGAGCUGAUAGAGGUUCUGGAUGGAGAGACAUUCCUGAGAAAUAUGAGCCUGUACAGAGACCUGCCCUGGUCCCCGCAACAGGUGCACAUCCAGCCCCACUAUGCUCUGUCUGAGCCUACAACACUACAUAAACACCCACUCCUCUGGCUAUGGUAUAGCAUCAUUACUGUUGUUGCUGUGGAGCGAAAGCCAAACUGCCAGUGUGGGCCUGGGAUCCCAUUAAUCUGCAAAUCAUUGGAUAUGCUUCAGAUGAGCCAUUUAGGAUAUUAAUACUCCAAAUGCGUCAGCCGUCAUCAAGCAAAUUGGUUUGGAUGUAGUACAAUAGUCUGGAGGGGGAAUAUCAAUUAGUAAUGCCUACCUUAAAGAGAUUUUGUCACAGCCAAGGGUGUAUUAGAUUCACAUGUUCUCUCUCUCACACACACUCUUGUCUUUCUGAAUUAUAUAGGCUCAGCUCCUUUUCAAGAGGACCCAUCAAUCUGAAAUCAUUACCAGAGAAACUGUAGAGUAAGUCAAAUGUUAUUAGGUGUUAUGGGUAUGUGCUGUGUUAUUGAAUAAUCAUGUGAUAUUCAUGCAAGUCAUUACAUGAAAAAACUGGAGACUCAGUCAGUACCCAGUUUCAUUCAGUUUCCCUCACCUGGAUUACAAAUGCAAUACAGUCUUCCAGAUACAAUUUAUUCAUCCAAUCAUCUAUUUGGUCUUUAGGGACUUGGGUCAUAUUGCUGGUGGAAUGAGCUGUGAUUGGCUAAGGCUUUGGACCAAUGAAACCGACUUUUCAGAGUUGCUUCAGUUUGUCAGUGAGUUGCCAGGAGGGGUGAGACCAGCUCUGGUGAGGAACCACAAGCAACCCACAUGGUAUCCCUCGUGUCCCCCGCCCCUCCUCUUUCUCUCUCACCCAUUCCUUUUCUUUAUCUAUAUUUAGGUACAUCUCUUUAUCUAUAGUAUUAUAUCUAGCAUAUCAAAUGUAAAGAAAAGUAUUCAUGGAAUUCUUCAGAGCUUCCUGUUUCAUACUAGUUUGUUCAGAUGUUUUGUGUUUUGUUACCAGAGGAAAUGCGUUGUAGAGGAGCUGCGGCAAAGACCAGAGGAAGACCUGGACGGUAUAAGCCCCUGGUUUGCUGCAAAAUUACCGUAAGAUAUCAUUCACUCCAAAAUAUAUUGUAUAAAUGGUCCAACAUUUAAUCUUUCUCUAUACAAGAUGAAUCUGGUUAUUCCUGCUGUCCCAGGGUGAACCUGAUUGAGAACCUAUCUAAUACGUCACUGACAGCCAUCCUGGCUCACAUUCAGCAGCACUUUGUGGACUUCCUCAAGCUGCCCCGUCAUAAGCAGAUGGCCUUAGCAGAAAAGGCCAUCACUGUGCUGGUGAGGAGAGACUAUAAUAUUAUUUGCAAGAAAUCCUGAUUAAUAAAACAUACACAUUGAUCAAUUCACCCAAACAUAAUGAUACAGGGGUGGAAUGCAUGACAUUACAAUACUUAAUAAUCAGCUAAACGGAUUGUGCUUUGUUGUCAGCUGUAGAGUCAUUAUACUGUAGUACCUGCAGUAAUUAUACUGUAGUAACUAUGUUCUGGUGUGUCCAUCCAGGGCACCUCUCAGGGCCUGGCUGAGGGGGAGCUCAGGGGGGCCUCUGUGGACCUCCUGGGGCCCCUGUUGCCCUUCCUGGACAGGGACACCCUGGGGCUGGUGGACAGAGGGGCCCUGGGGCUGCGGCUGGAUGAGCUGAGGGGAUACUGCCUGCCUUGGGACACCCUGAGGGACAUGGCUGCUCUGCUCACUGGGAGAGACCUGCUGGGGUGAGAGACAGCUGGGUCUGUCUUUCAGGAGAUGGUAGUGGGGGAGGCCUGGGGUGGGUGUGAGCUGAUUAUGGCAGCACUGGGCUUGUGGGUAUCUGUCAUGUAUGCAUUUAUAACAGAAAGCUGGUGUGUGUGUGUGUUUAUUGUAGAGAGUCAUCGGUGUGGACGGUUGGUGAUGUGGAGCUUGUUGGCAGACUGGUGUUCACUCUCUCUCCAAAACAGAUCAACUCCAUCCCACUGGUGAGGGCUCCAAUGGGCUAAACAUCAAGUGCCUUUAUAAUGACAUUACUUUAUCAUUGGGUGAUGACAAAUAAAGCCCUGCAGUACUGUAUGUGAUUGCAUGCGUGUACUUUUAGCAGGAUGUGCUAAGUGUGUGUUUUACUACCAUUUAUCAGGUGGUGCUGAGUGCAGAGACGGUGGAGGAGGUUCUAGCAGGUCAGUGGCGCUGGGAGAACAGUGAUGUGGGUCAGGCCUGUGUGUCCCGGUGUGUGGACCAGCAGGGCCAGCGAGAGAGGAUCCACAGCCUCAUACGGGGGGUCGUCAGAGCACAGAGCAGGAGGAGAAAAGGUCAUCUAUUGAUCCUCUAUAUCACAAAUGUAUCAUACCCACUAGCUCUGAAGGGAAAAGCUUGAUGAUAAUGUGUUGUGGUUCUAAACUCAUUGCGGCCCCAUGUCUUCUAUCCAGUGCCUGUCCCAAGCUGUGGUGACAUAAGAGGCACCUUCCCCUCAGCAUGGACAGCCAAUCAGCUGAGCCGGAUGGCGGGGGAGGAGUUGGGGCAGUGCGUGGAGGUCAUAGGUCAGGACGCUUCACUGAGCCCUGAGCAGCGCCGAGCACUGUGGGUAAAGCUCAGGCAGGUUAGUUUCAGAACAUCAGAGACGUUUUGGUUUUCAUCACUGCCUGCUAAAGAUUGACAGUGGAAAUGUGUUGUGUAUCUUGUGAACUAUCCUUCACCCUCCUCCAGGACUACAGUCCAGUUAGAGGCCUGAGGCCAGAGCAGGUCCUGGGGCUGGGCUGUGUGGUCACUGAGCUGGGGGAGAGAGAGCUCCAGGAUACUAACCUGACUGACCUGGGUGUCCUGGCCCACCUGGGGGCUCUGACCAACUGGGGCCCAAAAAAGGUGACUAGGCUCCCAUAUUCCUAUCUCAUGUGUGAUAUUUGUAGACCGGAGGGAUUGCCCACUCCUGGCGUAGGUUGUUUAACUCUUCAUCCCUGUGUCUUGUUUCAGAUGAGAGCAGCAGUUGUUGGUGUGAUGCGGAAGCGGAAGUUGAAGGUGGAGCAGCUCGGAGCUGUAGAAGUGGCUUCUUUAGGACACCUGCUCUGUGGUUUAACACUGUCAGAGAUCAACCGACUGGACCCCUACAACCUCAGGUCAGUCAAGUAUUAGAAAUACACCCUUUAUUUUCACCACAUAAAUGUUAGAUUACAUUCCUUGUGAAUAAAGCUCAGCCUAUAGUGCAAAAAGGCAAAAAUAUGUCAUUUUUUGCUGUCUUAUUCCACUUUGUGAUAAUGCUUCCAUCAACCCAAUCCUAAUGAGGUCUCCUGCUCUUUGACUGACAGCAUGGCUGCUAUGUUCCUGAGGGAGCUGGCCCUGCCGUGUUCAGAGCAGCAGAUGGAGGCUCUGACAGCCCGUCUCUCCAGUCCUCAGGCCUUUGGCCCCGUCAGUACCUGGGGCCCCGAGGUCUUCACUGAGAUCGGCACACUAGCAGGUACAGCUAUUCAAAUGGGGCAGGGGUUUAAACUCUGAAAGAUGUAUUGUUGUAUAUUCAGAAUAUUUUAUCCUUAAAUCUAAGGAAUAGUUAGAGUUGGUAGUGAGCGGUGAAUCCACUCACACUCAUUACCUGAGUCCUCCCUCCCUGUCUGUCUCUCCCUCCCUCAUUCUGUCCAGCGGGUCUGGAGGACAUGGUUCUGUCUUCUCUGGUACAGGAGCAGGUGGAGGGGCUCAUCCCCGAAGCUAUCGCCCUGAUUCCCCCCACGAAGAUGGCUGUGAGUCUCUCUCUGUUUCACCUCAGGAUACUUAAGAGCUGGUUUGGAUAAUGCUGUUUACAUAAUGCUCUCCAAACCACAUCCCAUUUUGUUAGUUGAUGCACGAUAUGUGUGUGUGUCUGUCAGGUGGUAUUCAGUGCGGUCCAGCUGUCUUGGCUGAAUGUGGAGCAGGCGUGGGUGGUCACAGAAAAGCAGUGGGCAGAGCUGAACAGUGGGCAGAGACAUGCCCUGGGCCUGGCGCAGUACGAGGGGGACGUCCUGCUAGAGCACAGAGGUAAGGAUUUACAGGGGUAAUGAUUUACAGGGGUAAUGAUUCAAAGGGUAAGGACUCAGGGACAUGGGUAAAGAUAAGGGGGUUGGGAUCAUUUCAUGAGAAAGAGGGAAAGAACCAGUUGGUCUUAUUGAUGGGUUUUGUUCAAUGAUUUAUGUUUUUAGUAUGUAAAUUCAUACCAAUAUCAUCAUAAUGUCAUGUUUAACAGUAACUAUGUUUUGUCUGCGUCCACAGGGAGGAAUGUGGCCCCGGCAGCACGGUCAGCUGACAGCCUCACUGUGUGCUUAUUGUCUCUAUGCUGUAUGUUAUGGCAACUAUUGUAA